AUGGUCCUGCCUAACGAAAUUGCCAGGGCGGCAAUUGACGGAGACGUAGACGCCGUUCGGAGAUUCCUCGCGCAGCACCCGGAGCGCGUGGACGACGUUGACGAUGAGGACCAAACAAUGUUGCAACUCGCAGCCUUGCCUAUGAUGGAACAAGUGGACAGUGCAGCUGCCCUCGAACUCGUGCAGCUGCUAGUAACAGCCGGAGCGAACGUUGACCGAAGGUUUGACCCGGAACACGACGGUCCGACAGAGCUACACCAUGCGUGUAUACUCAGUUGUACGGGGCUCUUGCAAAUUCUGGUGCGGGGCGGCGCUGAUGUGACUCUGGUAACUAGAGGUCCUACGGGGGACUUCCCCGCCAGUCAGCCCAUAUCACUUGUUUUCUUGGGGGAUUGGCGGGCUUUUGCAGAAAGGAUGGGGCGGACAGGGGAUGCACAACUCCGCUGCAUGUACGAGUGCAUGCUGUAUCUCUUACGGGGCGGGCACCCGCUCGACUUUCUUCACGAGGGAAGUUUGACGAGCCUCGAGGCGCUGAUCGAGCCGGUAGCUACGGGCUACACGGGCGACGCGCCCUACCUCAACGACGCUCUCGAGCUGGCGAGGGCCGUGCGCGCGGCUCAGUCCACGUCGACGUCGACGCGCCUGACGCCCUGGCAGAAGUACUGCCUCGUCCCGCCGAAGGAGCUCCUGCGCCUCCGAUCGCUCCUGGCGCGCAAACGCGCCAAGGCCAAGCUGUCGACGCCGCCGCACCUCGCACGGCUCUUCGCGCGGAGCCUGCCGAACGAGAUCGCGUGGCGCGUGCUCGCGUUCUGGAACCCUCGCUACUGA